AGUAUGGUACCAGCCGGGGGGGUGGUGACAUAUUAUUAUUCUCGUCAUCAGCCGUAAAAUUUAAAAUAUCGAAGAAGCAGUAAAAUAAGUGAUUUUAAAUUUAUAUUUGAUAGUUUUAACUUAAACCGUCAAGAUGAUGGCCGGUCAGACGAUAAAUGAUAGGCUUCUUGCUGCUCGCCAUAGUAUUGCUGGGCAAGGAUUAGCCAAAUCAGUGUGUAAGGCUACAACAGAAGAAAUGAUUGCACCGAAAAAGAAACAUUUAGAUUAUCUAGUCCACUGCACGAACGAGCCGAACGUGUCCAUACCGCAGCUCGCCAACUUGCUCGUGGAGCGCACGCAGAACGCCAACUGGGUGGUCGUGUACAAGUCUCUCCUCACCGUGCACCAUCUGCUGGCCUACGGCAAUGAGAGAUUCACACAGUACUUGGCGUCGAGUAACUCAACGUUCCAACUCAGUAAUUUUCUCGACAAAAGCGGGGUGCAAGGCGCGGCCGGCGCAAGGAUCGGCUAUGAUAUGUCGCCGUACAUCAGGCGGUACGCCAAGUACCUGAACGAUAAGGCGCUGUCCUACAGAACCGUCGCGUUCGAUUUCUGCAAAGUUAAGAGAGGCAAGGAGGAGGGCUCGCUCCGCAUGAUGAACGCGGACGAGCUGCUGAAGACUCUGCCGGUGCUGCAGGCGCAGCUGGACUCGCUGCUGGAGUUCGACUGCACCGCCAACGACCUCACCAACGGUGUCAUCAAUAUGUGCUUCAUGCUGCUGUUCAGAGAUCUCAUCAGAUUAUUCGCGUGCUACAACGACGGUAUCAUUAACCUGCUGGAGAAAUACUUCGACAUGAACAAGAAGAACUGCCGCGAGGCUCUCGACCUCUAUAAGAAGUUCCUCAUCAGGAUGGAUAGGGUCGGGGAGUUCUUGAAGGUGGCAGAGAAUGUGGGGAUAGAUAAGGGUGACAUCCCGGAUCUGACGAAGGCACCGAGUAGUCUGUUGGACGCCCUGGAGGCGCACCUCGCCAUGUUGGAGGGCAAACGAGCCAACACGCCCACACAGAGUGCCAGUGCGCAGAAGAACGUGGCCAAUCAGAUGGGUGCGUUGUCGUCAACGUCGACUUCGUUCGGGCACGCGGCCGCUUCCGACGCGGGCGGCGCCCUGCUCAUUGAUGACUCUCUGCGGCAGCAGGCGCUGGCUGACGAGGAGGCCGCCAUGAACCAGUACAAGGUUCAACUGUUCCAAGGUGACGAGAUGACCGGCGAGGAAGACGUGACACACAUCUCGGAACUGUUUAAUAAGGUACAGUCUCCGACGAGCGCGGCCAACAACCCGUUCCUGUCUGCUCCCAGUCAGCCGCCCAUUGUGGCUCAGCAGAACAUUGUGGACCUGUUCGGCACGCCGCCCGCGGACCUCACCUCCACCACCAAGGCAUCCGACGACCUGCUGUCGCUCGGCAAUCCUUUCGCUGACAUGUUCGGUGCCGCUCCGGCCAGCAAUGGCAAUGCGAUGUGGCAGCCCCAGAGCAACGGCGCGGGCUCCAACACGUUCGUGUCUGAGGCUAACUUUACUAACGUAUUUAGCAACACUGACGCGGCAGCUGCCGCCAACCCGUUCAUGGGUAUGGGAGAGCCCCAACCGAUAUCCGCGUCCCCGGCGAGACCCCCUCCACCGAAACCCCAGAACCAACCCGCCAGGCCCCCGGGCCCGCCCAAGUCCGCAUUCGACGACCUCGAGGACGUGAUGCGCAUGUCGCUGGGAGGGUCGCCGGCGCGGCAGCCCGUCACUCAGCAGCCCCAGCCGGCGCCGCAGCCGUUCGGUGAGGCCCAGCCGACGUACCAGCCGAUGAUGUUUGGGUCGCCCGCCCGCCAGCCCAUGGUGCCGAUGGCUGCGAUGGGUCAGCAGCACCAGGUGCCACAACAGACCGGUAAAGUGUUGACGGGAGACCUGGAUUCGUCGCUGGCACAGCUCGCAAACAACCUCUCCAUUAAUAAGACGGCCACGGCACAAAAACCAAUGCAGUGGAGUUCGCCGAAGAACGGCAAACCAAGCGCUGGAUGGACGCCACAGCCGAUGCAGGCCACGACCGGAGCGGGCUACCGGCCCAUGGGCCAAGGCAUGAACCUACAGCCAAUGUCCCAUACUCUACCCCAUAUGUACCAUCCUCCGCAUUAUGUUAUGCAACAACCGGGCAUGGUAAUCGGUAUGAACGCACCCAUGAUGUCGAUGGGGGGCCUUUCGCAAAUGAGACCUCCAAUCCCGCCGCAGCCCACCAACCACUUCACCUAAACUUGUCGUCUAUUGUCUAUUGUACCGAAUGUUAAUGAGAUUAUCGAUAUUGGGGGAAAAUUUACUAAUGCUCAAACACGUUGGCAAAACCAGGGGGCUAAUGAUGGGAAGGCCUGAUACCAAUCUCGAUGAUCUUGAAAUGACAGCUCACCGUGAAUUCUAAUUUGAUUGUACACUUAAUGUCGAUCUGUUUGACGGGUCUUACUUAACGUCACAGCUACGGUGUCGUUCGUAGUGUUAAGGCGUGGAUCCAUAUCUCGCCCGUGUCUCCCCUCGCCGGAAUCAAUAAUAAUAUAUCAAAUAUAAACUCACUAGUUCUACCCUAAGGGGGUGGAGGGGAUGUGAGACUCCCGUGCGCAAUGGAUCCUCACCUUGUAGUGUUAUUUAAUCUGGACUGUAUAUAGAUAUGAUUAGACACAUGUGCUUUGUUUCAAAGAAAAUGUAUUGUGUGGGCGGCUCUUGUUUUUAGGUUAGUUUAAUUGUAAUGUCGAGUCAAAUAUUAUGUAAAUAAUUGAAGUACAUCACUCUCCGGCGCUUCCUCAAAUAUAUUGUUAUGUUUGCUGUUUCUUUUUUCCACUGCGCUAUCGUUUUGAUGUUAUAAUAUAUUAUCGGACUACCCUCAUAUAUUUUUGUUUGAAAAAAUUCGUUAAAACACCGCUGAUAUAUAUUUGGUGCUAAGUUUUAUGACAAGUUACGAUAUUUUGCUAAAAGCUGCAGCUAUGAAGCUAUUAUAUUAAUGUAUUAUUGGCGCUUGGACACACUAUUAAUAUAUAAUUGUGCUACUAGCCUUUUCAGGUGGCUCACGAUUGAGUUGCUAAUUAUAUAUUCAAAUAACAUUCCAUUAUUGUACAAAAGUAAUCAAUCAUUUAUAUAAUAUUGACCUAUAUGGCCCGACGGUUAUUUUUCUUAGUUUUCAUUAGCACCAUUAAAUUAUAAUAAUUAGCAAAAAAUUUAAUUAUAUCUUCUUCAAAUUCGUGCUUUUAAACUUUCGAUUUGAUAUUAAAUUGAGAUCAUGUUCCGAAAAUUAUAGGUUUUGCGCUCAUGUAUAUUUUGUCCAGAUAUUAUAAGAGGUUUGUUGCCAUAAAUAAAAAUAUAACCUAUAUCUAGUUGCUAGUGACAAACCACAGAUUACCUUAUGUAAUCAAUCAAUAGAAAUUUUAUAUCACCAGAAGUACGGUGGUUAUUAUUCGUAGCACAUAUUUUAUCGUUACCAACCGAUUAUCUAUUUAUGGUAUUUCAAAGUAUGUAUUCUCUCGUUAUCGUUAUAUUGAUGUAAUAAAUAAUUACUGAAAAUAAAAAUAUAAAUCGAUAUUUAUUUGCCAGUGUGAUAUUUCUACAAAGACUGUAGAUGAAAAUUAUUAAUUGGCUUGUGCUCUAAUAUUAUUAUUACACAGUAAUAUCAGUGCUGCCAUAUUUUUUUUUAAUCUGAACAGAAAUUUUUGUAAACUACUAAAGCAUAAUCAAUAACAGAUUACUAAACAGCAGGUUAAAAUACUUCACAAACGCAGCUUGCUUUGAACAGCCUGAUGAUGAUUCAAAUUUAAAGUCAUGCACAACCUUCUUCUAAUUUUCUUUAGUAAAUGAGGAGCUGGUGGAGAAAAAGGAAGCUUGUUUAAUUUAAAGGUUCUAUUUUUACAGUAAAUCUAAAACAUUUGAUAUGUUAGAUUGUCGGUUUAUAUGGGCUUUUAAAAAGGGCAGAAAUCAAUUUCAAACCAGUAAUCGAUUUUGAAUGUCUGCUAAAUGAUUUGAAGCUUUGUUUAUUAUAAUAACAAGAUAACAUAUAGCACCAGCUUCUCAAAUUGAGUAUCUAAUGCAUGUAUUUGUAUUUGAUUUAAUAUAACUCUCUUAAUAAUACUAUCUCAUAUAAAAUCGAUUCACGAAAGUUGACCACAAAUGUCGGCCGUCUGCGCAUUUGAAAAAUAAACAAACAAUCAUGAAGAAAAGACUUAAAACCAAAUAAUAUUUUAAUGUAAAUAAAAUAAUAUAUAGCGACUGAGGGGCCUAUCACGCGACAAGCGCGUAACAAUGGCGUGGCGUUGGUCUUGACACAUUCCGUCUGCGCUUCUCACCGCAUCCCAAGGAGAUCUGAAAAUAUCUCCUGCAUUGUGCUCAUCUUUCGUGAAUCUUACUAUACACAAAUUGAUAUUUUAAUUAUUUUCAAAAAUGUUAUAUCCGUUAUGAACAUCAAAUCGCUCAUGCUUUGUGAAAUAUUUGUGGUAGCUGAAAACACCAUGGCUCGACUGUCUUGCCAUAGACAAAUGACUUUUUUUUAGCUAGACGCGCCUACUUUAAUAUACUUUUCUGUGAUGUUAAAAUUAUUGUUUUAUAAUUAGUUAUUCAUUAUUAGAUGCGUGUUUAUACAGAUCGUCUAUAUCCGUGUUUACUUAAUCCAGUGUCGUCCGACUUAGCCGUGGCCCGUGACCAAUCCAAAUGUAAUGGCGCUAAACAUGUAAUGCCACGGCUCACAUUAAUACACUGAUUUACACGUUUAGUUUCUUUUACUUUACUAAGUUUUGUCUUAUAAUUUGUAUUUGUAAAUACCCCAUUUAUAUAAUUUGCUAGUUAUGUCGUGCCUUAAGCUGUUUAUUUUAUUUAUGAGAAUUAAAUGUAUGAAGUCUAUCCUGUUUUCUUUUAUUUUGCUUUAACAUAGAAUAUAUUAAUAUACUUAAAUGUUAUAAUAGUAACGACAAUACUUAAAUCAAAUAUUUGAUGGUGUAAAGAAAAUAGGUAACUAAUGACAAGGUAUAUUCAGUCACUAGGAAUGUGGCAACAUUUACCAUUAUUUCAGUGUUGUGUUCAUGCACAUGUCAAUGUUUACCUCCACCGACCAAUGUAAUAUUAUAGAUAAAAGAAUCAUUAAAGCUGUAUUUCAGUCAACAUUACUUGGUAGAUUGUAAUUUAUGUAUCGAUGAAAAUAUAUGAAACACUACAUAUUAAUGUGCAUUAAUUAUGUAUUUCCGAAAUAUUCUAAUGGGAGCUAAUAUAUUUUUGUUAAAUCUCCUGUUGUAGUAGUCGAUGUAUGUAUUAGAUUGCAUAAUAUUGCUUACGUUGUAUGUGUGUUGUUGCAACAAUAUAGGUAGCUGUUUAUCUAUGGAAAUAUAAUAAUUACUCAGUU